CGUUGCGAAAAAGAUACAGUUAAAGCCCAUCUUAAUCAGAUGUAUAGCUCGUUAGUAGCGCGAAGGUCGAGCGGAUGGGGCAACUAUUCCUCACCCUCUCACCUGCUUUCGUGCGAUAUCCUAAAUCCAGUAGUCCCAUCUUAAUUUGGAUUUCAUAAACCUUUGUCAUUAAAUGUUGACGGAUUGGAUUUUCUAGCCACUGAAUUUUAAGAAAGAGCACCACCCCUGGUCUUCAACGUUGCCAGUUUCUAGGACUGGCCGACGUCCCCCUCUUCAGGAACCUACAUAGUUCAUCGAAGUUUGGGUGCAUCCUCAGCUCUUUCAUAAUCAAGCUCUGGUAGCUGUUCUGCUUAAUUUCCAUUUCAUAAUUUUUCUAUCUUAAUCAAAAAGGGGAUCUUAAUCAUGUCUAGCCAAAAGUUCAUUGAUGCUCCAUUAAACGUCUCGAACGUGUAUGGUGCUGGUGAUGAACUGAACAACAGAUUGGCGAAUGAUCAAAUGGCCGUGGACCCAUAUUCGGCUCAACCAGGAGAACAUGGAGCAAAUAUGUUUCCACUGCCAGCUCUGGUCAAUCAUGAGUACUUCCAAUCGGUGAACACUCAAAUAAACCAUAACCAGACAGCUCGACCCAAUGCAUACCCAUUUCAAUUUGGAGCAGCUCCUGGUGAUGCAAUGAAACAUGGAUCGGUGAAUGUUCCACUCUCUCCUUGGUUGCAUCAACCAGAAGGUGCUAUUUACACGGUGAAUCCCUCCAUGAGUGCUCAGAUGAACCUUUCCCCGUUGGAUAAACCAGGAAGUUCUCAGUCUUCAAACAUAAGCAAUGCUGAUCUUGAGAAAAGAUUAAGGAAACAAGAGAGUGACAGGAAAUCUCGGGCAAAAAAGGAGCAAAUGAGAAGAGAAAACGAGGAAAGGUUGGUUAAGGUUACCGAAGAGAACAACGAGUUAAGGAAAGACAAUGCCAGCUUAAAAGAGGGAGAAGCUCAGAUGAAAAGAAAACUGACGACUUUCGUACAGAAAGUUAGCCACUUGGAGAAAGAAGUUAGCCGCUUGAAUAACAAGCUUAAAGGCCAAAACACAAAGGUGGACGUGCUGUCUGAGAAACUAGUUGCUAGCUCUGAAACUACUGAUCUUGUGGAAGAAAACAAACAGCUGAAGCGCAAAAAUGAGCAGCUAAUGAAUUCAUUGAAAAAUCCAGACAUCACGAAAACAGUCGAGCUUUUCGAAGAGAUUGAAAAGUGGAAACUUAAAGCCAAGAGACUCCAGAUUAUAAACGAUGCUUUGUGUGACAAGAUGAAUAAUGACGAACAUUAAUGAAGGGGCGUGGAGCACCCCUUCAUGACAAGGGACUUCAACAAAGUAUGUUCACUGUCGAUCAGGGAGUGGUUGAUUUGGCGUCCUGCGCAGGCUGCUUCUGUCCUCUUCUUUAUCAAUUUAUAUAUCGAACAUAUAUGUGUAAUAAGUUAUGAUUGUCAUGCACAGACAGAUAGCCCCUCAACUUCGCAGUUUAUGUUAUGGACAAGUCAGGUGUUUGUGAUGCUGUUUCAUUUUGGUGUUCCGUAAGUGCUGUGUGUCGUUUGUUACAAGAACUAUUUUGUUAUCCAUGGCAUGUUAGAAUUCUUU